GGGGGAAGGAGGGAAGAUGGCGGCGCCCAUUUGGUUAGUGGGGAGGCGGGAAUGAGAGGUCUUUCACCCGCGUGUGCCGAACUGCUCUGCUACCAUCUGCGGCAGAAUGUGGUUUAUCUGUCAUCGAUUCCUUGCUUGCCCCUCAUGUUGGCAAAAUCAGUGUAACCGAGCCCUGGGCCCAGUUACAUGGCAGAAGAGGCCAGUUCCAAGAGGCACCCGAUCUAUUUAUAGUGAAACAGGAAAAUGGGAAAAAAAGUAUGGACUGGAAACCAGAAACAAAGUAGAACGAUGGUGGUUUACAAGAAUAAAGGAACAGUUCAAUACAACCGGAGGAAUAGAUAAAUCAAGACCAAAGUUUUAUGUUCUCUCGAUGUUCCCAUAUCCCUCUGGGAAGCUUCACAUGGGCCAUGUUCGAGUGUACACCAUCAGUGAUGCCAUCACGUGGUUUCACAGGAUGAGAGGAUUGCAGGUCAUCAAUCCAAUGGGAUGGGAUGCGUUUGGAUUACCUGCAGAGAAUGCAGCAGUCGAGCAUGGAUUGCAUCCAGCAAACUGGACACAGAGUAAUAUUCAACACAUGAGAAAGCAGCUUGAUGCACUAAACCUGUCUUUUAGCUGGGAUCAGGAAAUAACCACUUGCUUACCAGAUUACUAUAAGUGGACACAGUAUCUUUUUAUCAAACUUUAUGAAGCUGGAUUAGUUUACCAAAAUGAAGCCAUGGUUAAUUGGGACCCUGUGGACCAGACUGUUCUUGCUAAUGAACAGGUGGACGAAAAUGGCUGUUCGUGGCGCUCAGGAGCAAAAGUGGAAAAGAAAUAUCUCAAACAGUGGUUUAUUAAAACAUCCGCCUAUGCAAAGGCCAUGCUUGAUGCUUUGCCUGGGCUCCCCAAGUGGUAUGGGAUUAAAGAAAUGCAAGCCAAUUGGCUGGGGGACUGUUCUGGAUGCUAUUUUGAGUUCAUGUUAAAGGUUAUGAACAAACCAACUGGAGAAACAAUAUCAGCCUAUACAUCUACACCUGAAGCCAUAUAUGGAGCUUCUCACUUGUAUAUCUUACCUAGCCAUUGGCUGCUGCAUGGAAACAACUGUCUAAAGGAAAUCCUCCAGAAGGAGUUUGUCCCAGGCAAAGACUCUCUUACUUCAGUGACAGCUGUGAACCUGCUCACAAAUCAGGAGGUUCCUGUAGUCAUAUCAGCAAAAUCAGAAUUUGAAGGCUAUCUUGACACCAGAAUUGGUGUCCCUUGUGCUCAGCCAGACGAUGCUGAAGUUGCUCGGAGUUUAGGUCUGGCUUCUGAAAAUGUCAUUGAAGCUUUGCCAGAUGGCUCAGAGAGACUGGCCAGCUCAGGCGAGUUCACAGGUAUGAGUAGACAAGAAGCAAUAAGCGCCAUUACCCAGGAAGCCAGAAAUAAAGGAGUAGGAGGACAUCUAACAAGCAGUAAAUUAAAAGAUUGGCUGGUAUCACGACAGCGUUACUGGGGGACACCAAUUCCCAUCGUUCACUGCCAGAGCUGUGGUCCUGUCCCAGUGCCUUAUGAGGAUCUACCUGUGAAGUUGCCCAACAUAACAUCCUUUACAGGAAAAGGUGGCUCACCUUUAACUUCUGCUGCAUACUGGAUAAACUGCUCAUGCCCAAGGUGUAAGGGGCCUGCAAAGAGAGAAACAGACACCAUGGAUACAUUUGUUGAUUCUGCUUGGUAUUAUUUAAGAUACACCGAUCCUCAUAACUCUGACAGGCCUUUUCAUAAAGAACUGGCAGACUACUGGAUGCCUGUGGAUCUGUACAUCGGAGGAAAGGAGCACGCCGUCAUGCAUUUGUACUACGCCCGAUUCUUCAGUCAUUUUUGUCACGAUCAAAAGCUGACGAAGCACAAAGAGCCUUUUAAUGAGCUGUUAGUUCAAGGUCUUAUCAAGAAUCGGACAUUCAGGCUAGCAACAUCGGGCCAGUAUUUGAAGAAGGAAGAAAUUGAUCUUACUGGUCCUGAACCCGUUCACCUGAAAACCAAAGAGAAACUGCAGGUGACCUGGGAGAAGAUGAGUAAAUCCAAACAUAAUGGCAUAGAGCCCAAGGAGGUAGUCCAGAGGUACGGAAUGGACACCGUCCGGCUCUACCUCCUCUUCGCUGCCCCUCCAGAGCAAGACAUCUUAUGGGAUACGAAGACUGAUGCACUCUCUGGGGUGCAGAGAUGGCAAUCUCGCCUCUGGCACUUAGCAACCAAACUUAUUGAAGCCAGGGAUUCUGGAACGCUGCCCAGUCCUCAGCUCCUGAAUCAAACAGAGCAAGCCCAAGCCAGACGUAUCUGGGAGCGGAAGAACCUUGUGGUCUCUGAGGUAACAGGAUACUUCCUGAAGGAUUACUUGUUCAAUGCUGCAAUUUCUCAACUGAUGGGUCUCAGUAAUACUUUGUUGCAAGUCUCCCCACGGCUUAUCCUCCACAGUGUGGAGUUUGAAGAUGCUUUGGCGACUCUCUGUGUUAUGCUUGCCCCGAUGGCCCCACACGUAACUUCAGAGAUCUGGAAAGGCUUGUCUCACAUUCAGAAUAAGCUUUGCACUCAUCACCGCUGGGAUAUGGAUGUGCUGCAGCAGCCCUGGCCCACAGUGGAUCCGGAAUACGUCCAGCAGCCAGAUGUAGUGGAGGUGUUGGUUCUGAUCAAUAACAAACCCUGUGGUAAAGUUUGUGUACCUCAGGAAGUAGCCCGAGAUGCAGAAGUAGUUCGUAAACUGGUUAUUCAGAGUCAGCUGGGGUCUGAACACCUCCAAGGACGGACUGUUACCAAAUUCUUCUUGUCUCCUCGAACCGCCCUCAUCAACUUUCUAGUCCAGGAAUAAAAGAUGUAUUUCUUAAAGCUUAUUGCCUAAUGACAGCUCCUAGAAUUCAUUGAAAGAAGACUGAUUAAAAAUAGGAAGGACAUUUGUUUAAAACUAAUGUCAAACUUGAUGAAGAGGAGUAAAAAAGUUACUAAGAAAAUGAAUGCUUAUCCCAUCACUCUCCAUGUAAAGGAAAAACCGUGAUGGCACUUGAGGUACCCCUUCUAAUCAGGAAAGAAAACUACUUCACAGCAUUCGGCAACUUGAAUAAAGAUGCUACAGGGAACAGAAAAGUAAAAGAAAUGGGUGAGGGGAAACGAUACAAGAUCUCAAAUGUAUGAAAUCCACAAGCAAUUCUACAAAUAUCUCUUUGACAACGUUUUUGAAAUGCUGCAAGACAACAGACUUUUUAUCAAUGUUGAACCAGUUGUAUGUCAGUGUUGCAAGGAUCCUUUGUUGAAUAAUAACAUAUAACUCAACAAUAAACAACUAGCAAUCAUGGUCGUCGUCCCCAAGCAGAAAUCUGUUUUGCAAUACUAAAGCAAGCGGGCUUUUUCCCAAAGUACUUCUUUCUGAAAAAACGUAAAUGCAAGACUGUCAGUGGACUGUUCCAGAAUCUGCAUCCACGGUUAAAAUCCACUGUUCUCAGUCCUAUUCAUGUUUGUUGAGUAGCCAGCCUAAAUUCCCAAUAAAAUAUUUUUUCUACCAUCUUGCUUAUUCAGUGCCUGCUGCAUUUUCACUAGUUCCCACAGAUCUGUCCAUCCUGAAUAAGCGAAAGGAAAUUACUGCUGAGCACGAAUAAAAAGAACCUGACUUAAAUUAUUAGCUCCCUGUUUCAAAGUGCUGAUAAUAGAUCAAGUCCAAAUACUGCAGUGCUGGCAAGGGGCACCCAUUCAUGCCAGUUUCGAUCUUUUGUUCUGCUGUAACU